AAGCAGUAUUAAGUGAGUGCUGGGUGAUGAGCUGAUGAUUCAGCGCGGAAGUAACUGCCAGUCUCUAUAGAGUGCUCUAGCCCUUUUCUCCACCGUCGUCUACACUGGGUUCUGACUCUUCUCACCAGUAGACCUGGAUUCUAUCUCUCGCUCUCUGGAGAAUACUUACUAGUUUCUCUGAUCGUAGCUUAUGAGAGAAAGUAUGGGACUCUUUCCAGGUGAUGGUAACAGGAGCAAAAUUGUACGGAGAAAUUCAAGGUUAUGGAGAAUGGUACAAGAGAGGAGAGCAUCAAGGGUUGUGAAGUAUCGAGCUUGUGAAGGAGAAUAUUUUUCUUCUGAUUUUGUUUUUCAGAUUCUUGUUCUGCUUCCAAUCAAAUCUCUUGUCAGAUUAAGUUGUGUGUGCAAGACGUGGUUCAAUUUAAUCAACAGCUUUGCUUUUGCGGAUGCUCACCUACAGCUCUGUGAGACUACCCUUAUCUGUCUUGAUCCAAAACCCCAGUUUCCAAACCCUUAUACCCUCUCUAUCGAUUUGAGGCUUGGUUUAGAGCAGUUCUCAAUCUUUCCCACUGAUUCAUCUAGACAAUAUCAGCAAGGUCACUUGCAUUUUCUGGAGGUUCAGAAUUCCAAGAUCAAAGUUGUGGAGUUGAACAUUACUUGCUCUGGCAAUAUUCUUGCUACAUGUGAUGGGCUUAUUUUGGUUCAAUUGGGGAAGAACAAAGGCAUAGUAGUGAUGAAUCCUAUGACCAGGAAGCUUAUUCGAUAUCCUCUUGGUACUGUUGCUCCAAUUUCUAGAAAUCUGGAGUCUUAUGGAUUUAUGUACAGCAAUCAUGAAGGAAAAUACAAAGUUGUGCAUUUGUUUAUUGAUAAGAGAUUACAUGUUGGCUGUGAGAUACUGAGUGUUGGUACAAAAUCAUGGAGAGGAGUGGAUGGUCCAUCUUUAGGACUUGUGAGAAAGUUUGCACAAGAAUCAGUUUCAGCAAUUGGGGCUUUACAUUGGGUUCCUGACACUCAUAACUGCGAAUACAUUGUGUCUAUGGAUAUCGACCGUGAAACAUUUUUCACAAUCCCACUUCCAAGCGCAUACAAAAGGCGUGAUAGGCUUGUAGAGCUGUGGGGUUUUUUAGGAUUGAUCACUCAUAAUGCUCAACCUUUUGUCAUGGACAUAUGGAUCUGCAAAGGCUUGCAUGGGGAAGCUUGGAGCAAGCAACAUACUAUACAUAUAGAUUCUGUAACUGAUGAUUUAGUACCUGUGACUGCUUCAAGAAAUGCCAGAGAAAUCUGCUUUGAGAGCAGAGGAGAUGGAUGCUACUAUGUUUAUGAUUUUCAACAUCAAGAAAUGAGGAGGAUUGAGAUGGAAAAGAAACCCGGGUGGAAUUAUGGCCCUUACUUACCUUUUGUAAACAGCCUUGUUUCCUGGGAAAAUCCUAGAGAUUUGUAGUGAGAGGUGAUCCCUUUUCUUAAAUAGAAUAAUUUUAUAGUUUUGAAA